GCUCGACCAAUCACAGCGCUCGGGUGUAGUCUGGGCUUUUUUGGCUUGGGUGGUGAAAUAUGAAACAUUCCCAGUCAGUGCCCUGGUGGGGAACAACACAGGUCACCUGGUCUCAUCCUCCCUCCUCGCGCCGUGUGGCCGCUGCUCUGAACCGAAGGAUCAACCUAUCGGGUCGCAGUGGAACGGGAUCGGACACCAAACCCAGCCGGACGCUCCUCCGCCGCUCUGACCUGACGCCUUCUCCCGUCUGGUUUCUCUCCAGGUUUGUCCCUGAGACGACAUGAAGCGCUGCCUCGGACUCCUGCUGCUGCUGCUCUGGUGUGGGAUGCUGCAGCCGGGAGCUGCACUUCGCUGCUAUAACUGCAUUGAUAACACCGGGCCCUGUGAGAAGGUCCAGGACUGCACGAAUGAAGACGCCUGUCUCGUUCUGACUGGAAAAGGUGGGAAGACCGUCAGUCAGUGUAUCAGGUACACGGACUGCAAAUUGUCCAACCUCGGUGUGAUGUUCCCGUCCAUCUCCAGCUUCACCUACCGCUGCUGCACAAGCAACCUGUGCAACUCCGGCAACGCCGUUACCACGACAACGCCCAUCCUGGCCCUGCUGGGAUCCCUGCUGACUGUGUGCUGGUCCUGGAUGUGAAGUCAUGGAGAAUAACAACCUGCAGCAGUUAUAAAGUUAACACGAGCUAAACAGAUGCUGUUGUUCUGUCGCCUGUUUCACUUCCUGCCUCUCAGGUCACAUGUCAAAUUAAUUAAUUCACUUCUUCAACUUGUUUUGCUAAUUUGCAUUUCAGUACUUUUAUAUCAUCUUAAAAAUAAAUACAAAGAAGAAAAGUUUUCAA